AUGAAAGUGGUUGUAAUAGCCUUAUUCUGCUCGGUUUUUCAUAAUGUAUACGGUGCAAAUAUACUGGGUAUGUUUCCUUUCCCCACCUUCAGCCACACCAACGCUUACAUCCCGAUACUAAAAGAAUUAGCAAGGAGAGGCCAUAAUGUUACCAUGGUCAGCCCUUAUCCACUGAAGGAAAAAAUUCCUAAUUAUAAUGAUAUUGUUCUCGAUAAUACAUUAGAUCAAGUCAUCAGUAAUUCUGGAGUUCGAAACAUAAGACAAUUUAGUACAAUUAUGAAGUUUACAGGUCUUUGGCCAAUUUGCAAUACUUUUUUGGACCCUGCGUUCAAAAUACCCAAGUUUCAAGAAUUUAUGAAAGAAAAUAAUUCAAAAUUUGAUUUAUUAAUAAUAGAACCAUUCUUUUGUCAACAGCCGCUAAUGGCAUUUGCUCAUAAAUAUGGGGCAUCAGUUGUCGCAAUAGUGACCAUAUAUAUUAGCCCUGGAAUUUCAGCAAUUUCUGGAAAUCCAUAUCCAAUGGCAUACGUUCCUAAUAUGAAAUUAACAUUCACAGAUAACAUGAAUUUUUGGGAAAGGGUACAGAACACUUUCUAUAGUUUCAUAGAAAUUCUUGUUGAUGAAAUAUAUGGGACUUGGUUAAUGAACAAUUAUAUGAAGGAACAUUUUAAAAAUUAUCCAGGAUUUGAAAAUUUACCAUCAUUGUCAGAGAUUCAGAAUAACAUUUCUUUAUUCUUAGUUGAUAAUCACUUUUCUUUGAGUUAUCCACGACCAUAUCUUCCUAAUACAAUUGAUUUUGCUGGUCUCUCUGUGAAUACUGGAGGAAAACUCCCUGUUGAUUUACAAAAAUUUAUGAAUGAAUCUAAAGACGGGGUAAUUUUCUUUACAUGGGGUUCUCACUAUAAAAUGACCAACAUGGAACCAGAGUUGCUCUCAAGUCUCAUGUCUGUAUUUGGGAAAUUGAAACAAAGAGUUUUGAUGAAGUGGGAAAAUGAAACAAUGCCAGGAAAGCCCGACAAUGUUAAGAUUGCAAAAUGGUUUCCUCAAGCCAGCGUACUUAGUCAUCCAAACAUGCGUAUAUUUAUUACCCAUGGAGGAAUACAUGGAACGAUUGAGGCUGUAUACAACGCUGUCCCAAUUUUAGGAACUCCUUUGUUUGGUGAUCAAUUUUACAAUCUAAGGAUGAUUGAAGAUUCAGGAAUGGGUAUCAACAUUGAUAUAGAUACAGUUACCGAAGCCGAACUCUCUUCAGCAGUUAAUAAAUUACUUCAUGAUCCUAAAUACAAGGAAAACGCCCAGAAAAAAAGUAAGAUAUUCAAAGACAGGCCCUUGACCACAUUGGACAAUACAGUCUUCUGGGUAGAAUACGUACUCAGGCAUAAUGGUGCUCAUCAUUUGCGCCCAGCUACUUUGGAUCUAGCAUGGUAUCAGAACUGGCUGAUAGAUGUAAUUGCACUGUUUAUAGCUGUAAUAAUUGGACUUGGAAUCAUUCUUAUAUUCACUAUGAGAUGUAUAUGCAAUUUAUUCAGAAAGAACAAAAAAUCAAAUGAAAAAGAUGGAAAAAAAAGUAAAAAGGACUAA